GCCGUAGUGACGUCAGUGGUUUGCUCCAGUAGUUGCCUGUGGAGGUCGUAGUGGAAGUUCUGAUGGGAGGCGUGAUGCUGGUGACAUAACGCUGCCCGGAGUCUACAGACAGGUCGCGCCUCAUGGCUCACCGCUGCCUGCUGGUGCACGGGCUCUGCCGACCCCUCACUGGGGCGCUCCUUCCCGUGCUGCCGCAUAGCCAGCGCCUAGGGGCCUGCUGCCUGAGGAGGAUUCAGACACAAGCCGGUGAUGUAGGCAAGAAGACCUUUCUGGCCAAUGUAAUUGCUGCAUACCGCCGACUGUGCGCUCAACCCCCUAAAGGUUUUGAGAAAUAUUUUCCAAAUGGCAAAAAUGGUAAAAAAGCAAAUGAUGCAAAAGGUGCAAAACAAAAUGAGAAGACUUCCUCCGGUGGAGGGGGUGCCUCAGGAGGAGGUGGCAAUAAAGGUGGAAAGAAAGGCGGGAAGUCGGACGAGUGGUGGUCAAGAGUGCAAAAGGGAGAGUUCCCUUGGGAUGAUAACCAGUUCAGAUACUACUUCCUAGCAUGUACAGCAUUUUGGGCGGCUGCAACUUACUACAUUUUCUUCAGGAAGGUUCCUGUAGAAAUCACGUGGAAAGACUUUGUGAACAACUACUUAUCACAAGGCAUGGUGGACCGGCUGCAGGUUGUAAAUAAGCGUUUUGUAAAAGUUGUCCUUAUUCCUGGAAAAUCAAGUAUGGAAGGGAAAUAUGUCUGGUUUAAUAUUGGCAGUGUGGACACUUUUGAGAGGAAUUUGGAAACUGCACAGCAGGAGUAUGGUAUAGAGCCAGAGAAUAGAGUGCCUGUGGUGUAUACGGUGGAGGGUGAUGGCUCCUUUUUUCUGAACAUCCUUCCAACAUUCCUAAUUCUUGCCUUCCUCGUCUACACACUGAGGAGGGGUCCUGCUGGAGGACGAACAGGCCGUGGUAUGGGAGGGCUCUUCAGCGUCGGAGAGACAACUGCGAAAGUACUCAAGGAUGAAAUUGAUGUCAAGUUCAAGGAUGUUGCAGGAUGUGAGGAGGCUAAACUUGAGAUUAUGGAGUUUGUAAAUUUCUUAAAGAAUCCAAAGCAAUACCAAGAUUUAGGAGCAAAAAUUCCAAAGGGAGCUAUUCUCACUGGUCCUCCUGGUACAGGAAAAACUUUGCUAGCAAAAGCCACCGCUGGAGAAGCCAGUGUUCCUUUUAUCACAGUCAAUGGUUCGGAGUUCCUCGAGAUGUUUGUUGGUGUCGGACCUGCCAGAGUACGAGACCUAUUUAGUAUGGCCAGGAAGCAUGCUCCUUGCAUUCUCUUCAUCGAUGAGAUUGAUGCUGUUGGACGGAAAAGAGGACGUGGCAACUUUGGUGGUCAAAAUGAGCAAGAAAACACACUGAAUCAACUCCUAGUAGAAAUGGAUGGCUUUAAUACUACAACAAAUGUGGUUGUAUUGGCUGGGACAAACAGACCCGAUAUCUUGGAUCCCGCUCUCUUGAGACCUGGUCGAUUUGAUCGGCAGAUUUAUAUAGGCCCUCCAGACAUAAAAGGCAGAGCAUCUAUAUUUAAAGUUCAUCUUAGGCCCUUGAAAUUAGAGAUUACACUGGAUAAAGAUGCACUGAGUAGAAAAAUGGCAGCUUUAACGCCUGGAUUUUCAGGGGCAGAUAUAGCAAAUGUGUGCAAUGAAGCUGCUCUUAUUGCUGCCAGACACCUCUCUGAUGCCAUAAACCAGAAGCACUUUGAACAAGCCAUUGAGAGAGUAAUAGGAGGUUUGGAAAAGAAAACCCAGGUUCUCCAUCCAGAGGAAAAAAAGACGGUGGCUUAUCAUGAAGCUGGGCAUGCUGUGGCAGGGUGGUUCUUGGAACAUGCAGAUCCUCUUUUAAAGGUUUCUAUCAUCCCACGAGGAAAAGGUUUAGGAUAUGCUCAGUAUUUGCCUAAAGAACAGUAUCUAUAUACAAAGGAGCAGCUGCUGGAUAGGAUGUGCAUGACACUGGGCGGUCGUGUCUCUGAAGAAAUCUUCUUUGGGAGAAUUACAACUGGAGCUCAGGAUGAUUUAAAGAAAGUGACACAAAGUGCCUACGCGCAGGUUGUCCAGUUUGGCAUGAGUGAUAAAGUUGGCCAAGUUUCAUUUGACCUUCCUCGUCAAGGGGAAAUGGUGUUGGAGAAGCCGUACAGUGAGGCCACCGCAAGACUCAUUGAUGAUGAAGUUCGGAUACUGAUAAACUCUGCCUAUGAAAGGACUAUGCAACUGCUUAAGGAGAAGAAAUCUGAUAUCGAGAAGGUCGCUCUCCGUCUUCUAGAAAAGGAGGUGUUGGAUAAGAGUGAUAUGGUGGAUCUUUUGGGGCCAAGACCAUUUGCAGAAAAAUCCACUUAUGAGGAAUUUGUAGAAGGUACUGGGAGUGUAGAAGAGGAUACAACACUUCCUGAAGGUUUGAAAGACUGGAAUAGGGAUCGCGAAAAGGAUAAGGAGGAAUCGAAUGAUGGGCAGGUAGCCCGCCACAUCGGUGGAGGAAUGCCAUUUUGAUUGACUCUACAACACCUUAAUUUUAAGAGAAUGUGGACAGUAUAUAUUUUUUUCUUUUAAACAAUUUCAGGAAUAAAAAAAAAAAUAUAAUGACUUCAAAAAUUGUAAUGUGAAGACUACACAUUUGUCUACUAUGGGAGUAUAUUUUGCCUAGCUAAUGGGCAAGCAAAGAUUUAGCAAUGAAGUCAUAACCCUUAUUUAUUGGCUGGAAAGACAUUUAGAAACAAAUCUACUUGCUGAAAAAAGAUCUUAUUGCAAUAUGUAUUUUUUGGAUUUUGCUGCUGUACAAAAGCAACAAAGAUUAAAGGGUUGGUGUCUCUUCAGCAAAUAGCAUUUAUCAUGUAGAGAAAGUUAAUACAAGGCACUUACUAAUGUAUUGUGAUUGUCCAUAUUGCCUCCUUUAUUGGCUGGAUUAGUUUUUCCAUCACAUCAUACACAUAUUGUAUCCAGGGGUUACGACCACCUUGCGUUCCAGCAGUGGUCGCCGUCCUUGUACACUAUAGGAAAAAGUACCGGCCUAUGCACACUCCUGCGGUCCUGGCCACCAGAGAGCCUGGCACCUUUUGCUAGUGUACAAGCGUGACCCCUACUGCUGGAUUGCAUGGUGGUCUUAACCCCUGGAAACAAGAAUUUUAUAUAAUGGAAAAAUGAAUCCAGCCAGUAAAGGAGGCAACAUGGACAAUCACAAUACAUUAGUAAGUGCUUUGUAUUCACUUUCUCUACAUGAUCAAUGCCAUUUGCUGAAGUGUGACAACCCCUUUAAAUUAAUACAAAGUAAGGGUUAACAGGGAUUUUUAUUAAUUGGCAUAAGCGGCAAAUAACAUAUCUGUUUCACAGAAAGCUGUCAAUUAUAUGAUGGCCAUGUAUAGUGUCAUUUUUAUUGCACAGAGAAGUCGCUACAGAUUCUGCUAUGCAGUAGAUAAUUAACAUUGCCCCUACCAAAAAAGAGCACUUAAUUGGAUAAAAAUAAAUACAUUUAAGAGUAGGAUUGCUUGUACAUAGAUGUGAAAUGUAUUUCCUGAUGUUUUACAUAUUUCAUGCAUCAAGAUAUAAAAUAUAAAAAUGA